GUUGCGCCUCACCUCUUCGCCUCGUCCUGUCGCUGCAAACCUGCACUGCUGCCUCCUCGAUGCAGACCUGCACUGCUCUGGUGCAUGUCCACGGGGGCGUGUAGGGUGGCGCCGGGCGCCGUGGUGAAGCCAGUGCCGGCAUUGCUGGGGGCCACCUGCGGGACACGUGCCUGUGGUGGUCGGCGCGGAGGGGGAGGAUACGCAGCGGUUCGUCGUCCCUGCGGAGCUGCUGGGUCGCCCGCCCAUCGUCGAGCUGCUCCACCGCGCCGCGCAGGAGUACAAGUACGCGCGUCGGGGCCCGCUCCGCAUCCCCUUCCCCAUGGUCGCGUUCCACCACCUCCUCGGCGCACUCGUGGGGACCGCCGCCGCCGCCGGCCCCGACGAUGGGCUCAUGCUCGCUUGCUUCGCCAUGGUCGUCUGAGAUGAGAUCCCUAGCGUAGCGGGUUCCUUCUUCUAUUGCUUCUCCUUCCUUGAGGCAUGUGUUGUGCUGUCAGUGUUCUUGCUUUUCUAGAUUCCAUUUGUUUCUUCUUCCUUUUCUCGUUUGCGCUCUGGCAGCUGCUCCACCUCUACAAGGCUACAAGCUCUACAACAAGAGCGACCGUGUCCGGGUCAACUACAGAUGUGCCUCACCUUCUCCUUCCACCGCUUUUCCGUCGAGGCCGCCGACAAGGCCUGGCGUCACAGUGACACCCGCUCGACGCCCCCUCGUCCACGCUCGUGAUGUCCCCGACGUGAUGCCCCAUCCCCCCGCGUGCGUACACCUCUGGUGCGCGCAGCAGUACGUCGCCUGCAAUGUCGUCCUCUUGUCCAUCCAUGCUGCAUCCAUCAGCGUCUGCUCCUGCUAGGAGAACAUUGCUGGGGCCAAAAUCCCCAAGUUCACCUGCUUCGUCGACCCGCCGCGACCUUCAUCAGGUAGCUACUCAUCACCUCGGUCCACCAGCCGCAUCGAACAGGGAAAUCAAACAGAUCUAUUCCUUAGAGUUUUGUUUCCUGUGUAGCGUGCCAUAUUAGCAUUUUUGUCGUUGCGCUCUUGUUUAUUCAGAUUCCGUAGUUCGAGAGAUGAACAAUGCAAUUUAAGCGUCAUCAGAAACAUGUUCUGGUUCCCCCC